AUGUUGGCAUCUCUUUUGAGAUUCGCCAUUAUUGCACUUCUUAUGUUUUAUUGUUAGUUUUCGGCGUUUUGAAGUAAAGUGAAUUGACUUCAGUGAAAAAAUAUAGAAUUUAUUUUCCGGAUUCACUUUUAAGAAAUGGCGUUACAAACGUAUGGAGACAAGCCUGUGGCUUUUCAGCUGGAAGAAGGUGGUGAAUACUACUAUGUCGGCUCUGAAGUGGGAAACUAUAUGCGUUUAUUCCGGGGUAUCCUUUAUAAAAAGUAUCCCGGUAUGACGCGGUUGGUACUUUCCAAUGAAGAACGUAAAAGGCUAGCAGACUCCGGACUGAGUUCACACAUAUUAGCGAGUUCUGUAUCACUGCUACGGGCCGUAGAAGUAGACGAUAUAAUUGCAGGAAAUGAUGAAAAAUAUCGAGCUAUAUCUGUAAACACAUCGGAAGCACCAUUACCACGUGAAAAUAAAUCUAAAAAGCAGCCACAAUAUGUUCCCACUAUGCCGAAUUCUAGUCAUUUGGACGCAGUCCCACAAGCCACACCAAUAAAUCGUAACCGCGUUCAUACCAAGAAAGUUCGUACAUUCCCUAUGUGUUUUGAUGAUACCGACCCAACAGCUAACAUUGAAAACGCUGCACAAAAAGAAUGUUUAGUACCCAUACGUUUGGAUAUGGAAUUGGAAGGUCAAAAAUUACGUGAUACCUUCACAUGGAAUAAAAAUGAGAGUAUGAUAACACCAGAACAAUUUGCUGAAGUACUUUGCGAUGAUUUGGAUUUAAACCCCAUACCUUUUGUUCCUGCAAUUGCUCAGGCCAUUCGACAGCAAAUAGAAGCUUUUCCUAAUGAGCCUCCGAUACUUGAAGAAAGCUGCGAUCAGCGAGUUAUCGUUAAACUUAAUAUUCACGUCGGAAAUACAUCACUUGUGGAUCAAGUUGAAUGGGAUAUGUCUGAAAAGAAUAAUAAUCCCGAGGAAUUUGCUAUAAAGUUAUGUGCUGAGCUUGGUUUGGGAGGAGAAUUUGUAACAGCAAUAGCGUACAGCAUACGCGGCCAAUUGUCUUGGCAUUGUCGUACUUAUGCUUUUAGUGAAGCUCCUCUAUCUACUAUAGAUGUUCCCUUCCGUAAUCCCAGUGAUGCUGAUGCAUGGGCACCAUUUCUCGAAACACUAACGGAUGCAGAAAUGGAGAAGAAAAUACGUGAUCAAGAUCGCAAUACACGUCGAAUGCGUCGCUUAGCCAACACGACAACGGGUUGGUAAAACCAUUCAAUAUAUGCAUAGGUUUGCAUUAUCCAUUCAAGAUACUUAUAGCGUCGAGUCAAGUUCGUAUAUAUAUCAAAAGUAUUUUGUGCUAAAUGCCAUAAUGUUUUUAGAUAUAAAUGGUAUUUUUUUCGAAUUACCUAAUAAAUGUAGAUUGCAAAAUA